CUAUCAUGUGAUCAGCUGUGUUCAAUCACAGCUGAUCGCAUCAGUUCUCUCCUCAUGCUGACAGUGCGUGAGGAGAGGAGAGCCGGGCACUGAUGAUCAGUGUAGCCCCAUCAGUGCUACCUCUCAGUGCCCAUCAAUGACACAUACCAGUACCCAUCAAUGCCACAUACCAGUGCACAUCAAUCAGAGCUGCCUAUCAGUGCUAGUCAGUGCUGCCUAUCAGUGCCAGUAUGUUCCGCCUAACAGUGCCCAUCAGUGCCGCCUAUCAGUGCCCAUCAGUGCCGUCUACAGUUCCAAUCAGUGCCGCCUAUCAGUGCCAGUCAGUACCGCCUAUCAGUGCCAGUCAGUACCGCCUAUCAGUGCCUAUCAGUGCCUAUCAGUGCCGCCUAUCAGUGCCAUAUAUGAGUGA